AUGGCCGAAACCCAGAAGCAUGUUCUGCAGACCAUAAUCUCCAGAGAUUCUUCUGGCAAAAAAACCCAGAAUGGUCCAAGCAAAGUCCACAAAAAGUUCCACCGAGAUGUGCUGAGCAAAGGCCAGAGUCCCAGAAGAAAACAAGUGUGGACUCUGAGCACAGCUGCUCUCCUCUAAAUGCAAACUCCACUGGCCCACAGUGGCGUGUCUGUGCAAUUGGCAAUGAGCCCUGUGCUGUCGGAGUUCCUGAGAGAGCUCCCGGGCUGGUUCUUGUUCUCUGGGGUCUUCCUGCCUGUGACUUUGCUGCUGCUCCUUCUCAUUGCCUACUUCAGGAUCAAACUGAUGGAGGUGAAUGAAGAACUGUCACAGGCUCCUGAAUGUCAACACAAUCGCAAGACUGGCUGCUCCCGGUACCAGAGAAAGAAACAGACAUGACUGCUGAACUGAUCAAUGGCUAAAGCACAGUAAAUUUCUACUGGUCAGAGAGCAACAGCCAAUGGCUUAGCAAAUAAAGUAGGAUAAUAAACUGGAACCACAGCAAGACAGACUACUAAGAUGCUUGUUCUGAACCACAUUGAAACGUGGCAGCUAUUAUCCAAGAGGAAAGCUAUGAGACUCGGCUUAAACAGCAGCUCUUCAGAGAGCACCGAGAAGGUAAGAUUUUGUUGGAUGUGCUCUAUGGACUGGGCACAUUGUAACUUUCAACUUUUAUAGGACGACGUCUACGCUGAAGGGCAUUAUUUUCAAACUAAAAUUCGUAAGCAUCAUUAUUACAUAAUCCCAUGGAAGCCGGCCUUAUUCUGACUUUGUAGGUGAAGAAACUCUGGUAGCGACUAAAUGAAUGGCAGAAGGUGAGCACCUGUGCAUUGCUGCUGUGUUUCCACUUCCUCCUCUUGAAGUUCAGCAAGGCAUAAAUGACACCUCUUCAGGCAUUAUUUCUGGCCUUUGGUCUGCUUGUCUCCUGUUCCCAGUUGCUUUCAAUAACAUCAUUGUUACGAGAACCCACAAGACAAGCAGAGUCUCUCGAUACUCAGUAGGGAUCACCAUGAAGGCAGCAGCUUUCAGUAUGACAAGACUUGGAAAUACUGGCAAUUUGGUGGCAAAAGGAUAGAAUGUGAGGUUCAGGAACUCACGUGGAGAACAACUCAAGACUUUGCCUCUAAAACCAAAACAUCGGGGAGCUAUUUCUAAAUACGGAAAGAAGUCAACAUUUCACCAGCAGAAUUCUUCUUUCAGUGGGACCCCCAAAGAGCCAACCUAGAUAACCAAAAAGAAACAUUUAAUUCAAAGUAGUAGUUAAAAUUGAUUGUGAUUACAGCUGGGCUCUUCACAGUUUUCCACCCAAGGUUAACAAAAGACACUUAACAUGUCCUAAGUGUAACUCUGGUUGUAUUCUAAUGUUUGCAUAUGAAUCCAACAGGCUAUUAGACUGAUUAAUUUGAUAAAACACAAUGAACGUGUUCACCUGUGAGGAAUGUACCAAUUUCUGCAGUGACAUACAAACAUGCAAACGAUCGUGCGGCCAGCCCAAAGUAAGAAGGCGCCGCUGGUGUCAGCUAUUUUCUGCCUCUCCCCCCCUCCCCACCCCCUCAAACUCUUCAUAUGCACGCAGUGGGUUAUUCGUCUCCAUUUGCACUUCUUGCAUACUAUAAAACUCACUGUUCAACUGGAGACACUCAAUUCUGUGUUUCAUUGCAUUUGAUGACAAUGAAAAUGUCUGCUGGGGCUUCCAGACUGAGGUAAUUUAGAACCACAGUGUGCAUGCCAUGUGGAAGGAAUAACAAUAUUCUUUCAGUUCUGGGAGGGAUCUCUUUUUAGCCUCUGGUGGAAAUCAGCUUCUGUAAAAAUGCUUUCUUUGACAGAAGGUGUGAGAGGAUGCGUCGUACUCCCAGCUGCCAGCCAGAUCUGUGGCUCGGCCACCAGGCUUUGCUCUACCUUCUUCUGGAAACAGGCAUCCAGAAGCCUGACUGAUGCCUCUGGGGGCUGCGUUCCACCACCUCUGCUUUACCAGGGAAAAUACAUCUCAGCGACUAUGGUAACAGAGAAGCUCUAAACAUACAUUUUCAGCAUAAACAAGUUGUGUAAAGCAAGACCUGAUUCCUUUGUUGCUGCUGAGUAAGAUGAGAGUAAAGGAAUUUCCAUUGAAAUCAUGAACAGUCAUGAGUGUUUUUCAUACGGAGAGAGGAAGAGAAACAGUUUUCCUAUGGAGAGCCCAAGUCCAAGGGUUUCACUAGCAUCUGCUUGAAGGCACUGUACUGGAUUUGAUGAGUCCCUCACAGCGCACAGCCAAUCAGCUGCCCGGUCAUACUCUCCACCCGCUCAGCCUCCAGGGUGAGAUCUCCUUCCGGUUUGGACUGCCUGGUUCCUUGUCAUCGCUGCGGUCACCUAGACCAGGCUGGUGGUCUCCUUACUUUAUUUCCUCCUAUGCUCCAAAGCCUUUCAUCAGGGGCCAAAAAUGUUCCUAAGUGGUCUCACCUCAACAGUUCCUAACCUUAUUUCUAAUGUUCUAGUAUCUGAACGAACUCCCAAUUCUGUUUCCCUGACAUGAGAUCUUCAAUAAAAUACUUUAAUGGGUGCUGUAAGUUCUGUUAUAUAGCCACUUAUUCGAAUGAAAAAAAAAUUUUUUUUACAGAGCUAACCUGAAGCUGUUAAUAAGUAUUACCUAUCUCUCUUGCUAACUGUAUUGGUAAUUUGGAAAAUUAGGCAAUGGGACACUGCAAGUCCAUGACCACUUCUUCACAUCCUGAGCUUAUACACGUUGAUAAAACAGAAAACGGGGCAAGGAAGGGCACAUAUCAUGUUCUCUGAAGUAUUACGCACAACUUCUAAGGUAAAAAAUUUAUGUAAGUAAUCUGACCAGGUAACAGCCUCCAGUAUUUUCUAGAUAUAAUUUGGUAGCAACUGGAAAACCAAGAACAGAUAAACACUUUCACAC